UUGCUCGGCUCAGCGUGGCUGCCGAGUAGCUGGCGUAGUUCUGAGCUUUGACUGGUCUGUUCCGCGUUUGUCACCAUGAAACGUUAAGUACCGCUUGGUUGGAAUACGCUGUAGCUGGCAACAUGAGUGAAUGGACAAAGAAAAGUCCCUUAGAAUGGAAAGGUUAUGUUUAUAAAGAAGUCAGAGUAAUAGCCAGUGAGAAGAAGGAGUAUAAAGGAUGGUUUUUAACUGCAGACCCCGUCUCUGCCAAUAUUGUCCUCGUGAACUUCCUUGAAGAUGGCAGCUUAUCUGUAACUGGAGUUAUGGGACAUUCUGUGCAGACUGUUGAAACUGUGAAUGAAGGGGACCACAAAGUAAGAGAGAAGCUGAUGCAUUUGUUCAUUUCUGGAGAUUGCCAAGGACACAGCCCUGAGGAUCUGGAAAAGAGAAAGAACAGCCUGAAGAAAUGGCUUGAGAAGAACCACAUCCCUGUCACUGAACAGGGAGAUUCACCAAGGACUCUUUGUGUGGCUGGGGUUCUGACUAUAGACCCACCAUAUGACCCAGAAAAUUGCAGCAGCUCUAAUGAGAUUAUUCUGUCCCGUGUUCAGGAUCUUAUUCAAAGACAUCUUGAAGCUUUCCAAUUAGAGGUCAAGGACUAUGGACAUACUGAUUGAAAUUGACUUCAUUUUUUUUUUUUUGUUUCUAUAAAAUAUUUUGAAUGUAA